AUGCCGCGGGAAGCAAACGUUUGUGUGUUGAUCUCUAUCUAUCUGGCAAUAGCAAUUCUCCAUUCAUCAUUAGCCAUACGAAUCAAAGGCUGUACUUUAUUCAAAUGUACAGGCGAAGCGUUGACUUGCCAUUCCUUUUUGGACAUUAUUAGGACCAGUUAUACGCAAUGUGUAGUAUUCAUUAUCAAUUUGGCAAUGGGGCCCUUGAAAAUAGCGCUUCUUUACCGCAUCUCUCAAGAUACCCACUGCGUUGUGGUACUUUCUAUUGUCAAAUAUCACAUUUGCUGCCAUUAUAGUGUGUUUGGUCGUAUAAGAGAGAUGUCGGGUUCUGCUGUUGUUGGUGUGAUUGUGGAAGCGCUCUCGGAGCAAUGCGAUCAACACCAGUCAGAAGCAACUACUACGCAAGACGGCUCUUAUCGUAUACGCGGUUUGAAACCAGACUGUCAAUACAAGGUGUCGAUCAAAGCAGGAGCAGAUGGCGCAGCACCUCCACACUGCUAUCCCUCUCAGUUUGGAGUUCGGAUGACUGCUGAAGAUUUGAAGGGACUUGAUAUGGUUGCGGCUCCGUACGAUAUGAGUACAGAUUUGGCUGUUGAGAUGGAAUUCGGAACAAUGAGUAUACCUGCUUCAUAUCGUGUUUCUGUACAACGAGAAGGCGAGACGAUCACACAAUCUGUGGUACACGCCCCGGUCACUGUGUUCUAUCUGAAUAACCUACCUCGCGAUGGAAGAGAGUAUUCUGUGAGAGUCGAACCAGAUCGACAAUACCAAACAUUCCCAGCGAAGACAGUGUUCUUCACUACGGAUGCACCAGUGCGGGUGGUUCGCAUACCAAUUACAUCAUCAAAACGAUCCGGCGAAGUGGAAAUAAGCGCUGGAUCGUUGCUAGCUUUGCCAUUCUUUGGACUUUUGGCGCUAAUCUUCUUCAAUCAGGGUCGAUCUUGGGAACUGUUUCGUUCCUUCCUAUCAAUCGUCCGUCCAGCAAGUCCUUCCAUGGAACGAAAAAAGAGGAAAUAA